AUGGAGCCAGACCCCAACGUUCAGGCCAUCAUAGCCAGUUUCAGCGCUCUCAGCUCAAAUCAGGCGCGUCAAGCUGCGUACUCUGGCAUCCUGGAUCAGCUCGUUCUGGAUGAAUGGCGCGAGGUGAAGGACCGCAUAAAUCCCCGGAUCUUUCAACGCGACUUGGUCGGCAGCUUGCCUCUAGAGAUUGUCGCUUUGAUUGUCGAAUACUGGGAGCUAGUCGAUAUCAUUCUCUUUCGCAGGGUUUCGAAGCGAUGGCAGGAAGUGCUUUCCUCCUCGAUAGUCUGCCGUGCUGCUUAUCGGGCCAAUACAGGCACCGAUGUGUCCUCAAUACACUCGCCUUGGCAGUUUACCAAACUCCUUGAGAAGAGAAUUCGACAAGAGCGCGGCCGGCCAAUCAUCGGAGCACACAUCAAAUGCGCUCAAGUAAUACCUCCUAACGUUGCGUCAAAAGCGGUGUUCAAUGAUGGAGUCUUGGCCUGGAUCGAAGAGGAGACCGAGUGCGCCUCUGUCGCGAUCAUAAACCUGUGGACGGGCAAGCAAGAUCGGUUUAUGACUGAAAAUCGAGAUGAACUGCUACUCAUUCGGGUCUCCAAAGGGUUUCUAGCGGCUCUCACCAUUCAAGGUUACUGUCAUGUUUGGAACCUUGACUCCCACGAGGAAAAAUCCUUCCGACUGCCUUCAACAGACGCUCAUUAUCACUUCCUCAUCAAUGGGACCAAAGUUGUUAUCGGCUUCGAGAGCUACUUGGUCCACUGGUGUUUCAAUUCCGAGGUCACUCGGCAAGUUGAGACUGGGUGUAAGGGCCAACUGGUCGCAUUGCACGCUCCGGAAGAUCGGAUCACGGUGGCUAGUUUGGAGACGAAAAACUUUGAGUUCAAGUUCGACCAGACCUCUAACCUUCAACUGCAUGUCCAGAAAUUCUCAAUCAACGACUCCGGCACAGUCUCCUGCGUGCUCUCACGACGCCAGAAUAUCUCCUUAGACACACAUCUCGUGGUUCGAUACCUUGAUUUUGGAGAGAUAAAAGAUGAGACCUUUGGCGGGUAUCAGAGCACCACUUUCUUCGAAUAUGUCAACGAGGAGACUGAUCAGGAAGGUUCAUGUUUUCUUUCUCUUGAGCCUGAUGGGGACACGAUCAGCUUUGAUCUCCUUCCUGGCAGAUUAGGCUCCUCUUCAGUGUUUCCUGUACACAGUAACCUGGCAUACUCUCGAUCCAACGAUACCAAACGGAUAUGUAUCCUCAAAUCCAUGCUUUGGAAGCCUGGUGUACAUCGAUACUCUAUGUGCGGUUCAGGCCUCCCCGGGGAGAACUACUCGAUGUGCGCAGACAGUGAUUUCGUUGUGCUUUUCGACCAGUACGGUCUGCAGAUAUGGGCCUUUGACGAAAAAUGGGUGCCUCCGGAAGUUCCAGGCUUGGUGGUCUGGCGGCCUGGCCGAGACAUGAGCGGGAGAUGUUACGGGAAGAAUUCCGUUCGGGAACACCGGCAGGGGAGAGAACAACCAACCGAAAUAGAAGACCAUGUAUAG